AAAUUCAAACCACUCUUCUCAGGUGCCAACUCAUUUUUGCUCAGGCUCCGGCUUCUCCAAGAAUGUCUUCUUCAACCAUCCCCAUGGCUGAACGAGGUAGAGAGCGCCGGUGGCCGCAGCGACGCCCCACAUGGCGGCGGCUUUGACGUCGGUGGGUUGGAGACGGAGCUUCGCAGGUAAACCGGCCAUUUUCUGGAAUCUCAAAUCUCAAAUCUAAAGUGCGAAAGAAAGGAACCCUAGCAGCAGCGCUUCAAUUUCAAUUAAUUCUAAAAGGCUGGAGAAUUAUUUGUAGUUUUUAGACGAAACAAUG